UCAGGGCUCAGCCCCAAAACAGCGGGGAUCUGGGAGAGAGCUUGCAUAACCAGUCCAGGUUCUCCGAACACAAGUUCCUCAGAGCAGCAGCUCCUCCAAGCCCUGGGAACAUGCUCCUCCUGUGCCUGCUGUUACUGUCCAGCUUCUUGGUAGGACUCUUCCUCUGGGCUGUCUGUCAGCACUUCCUCACCGCAGAUAUCCCCUCUACCUUGCAACAUCCCAUCAAGCUCAGAUUUCUGCAUUGCAUGUUCCUUUACAUGGUCAUUUUGGCAGAAAUAUUUGAGAAGCUGGGAAUAUGCUCCAGGCUCAGAUUUCUCCAGUUACUGCAAAGCGGUGUGAGAGUAAAGAGGGAUGCUAGACUUGUGGUAACUGACUUGUAUUUGGGGACCACACCGGUGAGGCUGUUCCAGCCCAAGGCCACGUCCUCCGGCCCCCGGCGAGGCAUCAUCUUCUUCCCCGGAGGAGGCGGGUUCCUGGGGAGCCUGGACUCCUACCACAACCUGUGCAGUCAGCUGGCCGUGGAGACUGACUCGGUGCUGCUGUUGAUUGGGUACCGCAAGCUUCCGGAUCACCACUACCCCUGCAUUUUCCAAGACUGCCUGAACACCUCCAUUCUCUUCCUGAAGGGCCUCAAAAUCUACGGGGUGGACCCCUCCCGGGUUGUGAUCUGCGGAGACAGCCUUGGGGGAGGGAAUGCGGCCUCUGUCAUUCAGCAGCUGGUGAGCAGAUCAGAUCUUCCCCGGAUCAGGGCCCAGGUGCUGAUUUAUCCAAUUACUCAGGUCAUCAAUUUGCAGCUGCCGUCCCACCAGCAGAACCGGAACGUCCCUUUCCUCUCCCAGAAGAUCAUGAUGAUAUGUAUGCUUAAAUACUUGGUUGUCAACUCUCACUGGUGGGACACCAUCCUGAGCGGUGCUUUCAUCCCCCCGGACAUCUGGAGGAAAUACAGCAAGUGGCUCAGCUCUGACAACAUACCCAAGAGUUUCAGGAAGCCAGGUUACCAGCCUGAAUUUCCCGGGCCUUUUAAUGAGGCCGCCUACCUGGAAAACAAACAUCUUUUUGAUUUAACAAAUGCUCCUCUGCUAGGGGAUGAUGAGGUCAUCGCUCAGCUUCCCGAGGCCUUCCUGGUGAGCUGUGAGAACGAUGUCCUCCGUGAUGACACCUUGCUCUAUAUGAAGCGCUUGGAGGACCAAGGGGUCCCUGUGAUGUGGUAUCACGUGGAGGAUGGCUUCCAUGGGUCCCUGAUAUUUUUUGAUCAGAAGUUUUUCUUUUUCCCAUGCGCCUUGAAAAUUGUAAACGCUGUCAACAGUUAUAUAAAGAGCAUAUAGCAACCCUGGGGCAUUGUGUCCUUUGGUGGAUUCUAUUUUGCUGAUCAAGGAGAUGCUAAAUCAAUGCUCGGCCCACAAGAGAAGGACAAGGAAGCUUAGAACAGUCCCGCUUAGUAUCUAAGAAAAUCCAAGAUGUUGCUCUUUCUUUCUGGCACCAGCAAUGGUUAAUCCUGAAUCUAGUAGCACUCGCUAACAUUCUCAAUCAGGUGAAAUAAAUAUCAGAGGAAGGAACAAAUGUCUUUAAGAAUUUCUCAAAGCCCUAGCACACAACGUCUGUGCAGAAUGAAUGCCAGCAACUAGUCAUACCGUCCCUGGUGAAUCUACUCAUGAUGCAAAAGCAUGGCUUGGUGGGUCAUGCUGCCUGUUGGAGGAGGGGGCACCUAAUUGUUCUUGGGGUCAGAGGUCACCAGCCAAAUUACAGACUGGUUCCAGAUCAGAAUGCAGCGGGAGAAAUGCUGUUGCAGUAGAACUCUUCUCUCAAGUUAGCAACCUGUCGACUGGACUAAAGGCAAGUUUCAGGGGACAUGACUGGAAAAGUAGAGGGGGAAGAGGGAAAAGAGAGGCUGUGCAGGAAAAGAAUGGGCUCUGGGGGGCUGUGAAUGUUGUCUGGGCUCAAGUCUCUAAUCUGAAUUCCAAGAUCAGGUCCCUGGCUACCAAGAGGCAGGCUCUCAGGGCCAAAGCUGUCUUGGGAACCUCUGGAUGCCAUCUGGAAUACGCAAACUGCAUCCUCAAAGGCAGAUAUCUUCUUACAUACUCUUUCUUUGGUGAGCUUAUGUAUUGUUCCUACUUUUACAAAGAACCUUGUCCUGGGGGCACCUGGCCGGCUUGGUUGGUAGAGCGUGUGACUCUUGAUCUUGGGGUUGUGGUUUGAGCCCCACAUUGGGUAUAGAGAUUAUUUAAAAAUAAAUAAAAUCUUUAAAAAA